AUGGAGAAGCGGAGACCACACGACAUAGACUAUCCAGAAGAAUGGUCGGAUAGUCUAGGGUCCUCUUACGCAUCACGUGAAGACCAAAAUGACACGCAGCACAUGCACAACGAAUAUUCAAAACGCGCAAGACAGAGAUGGAUUGUGCACAGAGUAUCACCAGAAAAUAUUGAAUUGGAACCAUCCAACAGCGAUACAAACUCUCCCACAAGAGUGGGAACGCCAGGAACGUUCUCAAUCAUGGGAGAAGAUUUAAACCUGCUGGGUGCUGCCUUGAACGGCCUCAGACAGGACGAUGAUGCUAGCGAUGGCGAUCACGAUGAUGAAUUACCUCUUAGUCUUCUAUCAUCUACGUCACAAAUGGCAGAACAUGAUCAAACCGAUGGCGAACAGACAACUUCCGAGAGUGAUGAAACCAAUAUUCAAACGCACUUUGAAUUGGACAGUCACAUUAACAGGUCGCCAACUGAAGGAAGGCAUCAAAUGGCCGAUGAAGGCCUGGAAAACUUAGAUAACACAAGCGAAGGGCCGUGGGAUGAACAACCACAUACACGUGUAGUUAUCGAUCUUGAAGAAACGGAACCACCUAGUACAUGCGUUGAGGAAGGCUCGCCCCCUCCAACAGAUCGCCAGCAGAGCAGCGAAAGUGAUUGUGAAAUAAUAGGCGUCGUCCCAAAUCAACACGGAGUAGUAAUGAAUCACCGAAUAGUGCCAAAGGCAAGGCGAGAGUCUUUCAUUCAGUGCUGCAAUCAUAUGGUCGACAACGGAUAUGGAGAAAAUAUGGCACAAAGUGCCUGCUCGCGCAAUAUGGUAGCAUCUCACGCAAGUCAAGUGCUUCAAAAUUUUGCCUCGCCGAAUCGCUCUGCAUCUCUACAUAACCUCUCUGGGUGCCAUCGCAUACAAACAAACGAUCGUACGGUACCAGCAACCACGACUGGGACGAUAGCUCCCUGGCAAAUGCCUGUGGGUGAAACACAGCAAAGACAUGAAUUGCUAGAUGAUGAACUACUCGUGGGACCAAUAUUUUGGGGACCACCAAAAGAAAGUAUUUUCCCAAGAGACUAUCACACAAAACCCACUGUUAGUGCGUACAGCAUCGUGGACAAUGAAAAUCAAGACUCUGCAAUCACAAAACUCAUCGAUGACAUAGAGUUCUUAUUCAGAUGUCCUAUAUGCUACUCGACCAUUGCAAGGUUCAAGUCUGCCAAAAUGCCAAACGAAAAUGAUCGCGUUAUAUACUCCACAAAAUGUGGUCAUAUGUACUGUUUCGAUUGCAUAGAAGGGGUUAAAAAAAGACGAGAGUGCCCAAUAUGCAGAAAACCACUCCGGGAUGCGAAACAGUAUCAUGUUAUAUACCCUUGA